AUGAAUAAUUGCAGAUCACUUGCCCACCACAAAAAUGGGCCUGCAUAUCCAUGUCCAAAAGAUUCAAAGAGCCAACUGUUGUACCCAUGUGUAUGUGAGAAGGGUACGGAUACUGGAUUACAUAUCCGAUGUGAAAAUGUUGGUCUAGCUGUAUUGAGUGUGGGGCUUGGCAACAUUGCAGGAUUGGGUUUUCCAAUUGAAAGACUGGAGUUGAAUGAAUGCAAAAUCACAAACCUUUUUGGAUCCUUGCUCCACCGGUCAACAGUUCGGGUCUUGCACAUCAUUGACACACCAAUCAGAACAAUAGAUGAGUAUACCUUUGCAGGUGUGAAUAGGACGUUGCAAGAACUUUAUAUGGUUAAUACAGAUAUAACAGAUUUUCCAAAGGAUGCUUUUAAGAUCAUGGGCAACCUUUCUAUUUUGUCUAUUAAUGGGCAUCAGAUGAAAUCACUGGACAAGGACAUCUUUGCAGGCAGCGAAGCGGCUGGCAGCUUGCUCCGGCUGCAUCUACCCAAUGGUCUUUUGUCGGAUAUACCUGUUGAAGCAUUUCAGAAUCUUAAAAAAUUAAAAACACUGGAUCUGCAUGGAAACAGGCUGGCAAAUCUGAAGCGUAAUCAGUUCAAAGGCAUGCGUGACCUGGAGCUGUUGGAUUUGAGUUACAACAACAUAACGAAACUGGACGGCAGCCAUAUUGGGGAUCUCACAAAGCUGGGCUGGUGCAACGCCAGUCAUAACUUAAUAGCAGACAUACCCAGGGGUAUGUUCGCGAGGAACACCGUGAUAAAGGUGGUCCAUUUGGACAACAACCGGCUGCGGAAGCUGGACACGAACAGCUUCAAGGGCAUGAGGUUCCUGCGGCGGCUGUACUUGCAGGACAACGAGAUCGCGGAGGUGGGGCGGGGCACGUUCGCGGCCGCCACGCGCAUCGGCACCGUGCAGCUGGCCAGGAACCGCAUCGCCAAGGUGGACUUCCAGAUGUUCCAGCAGGUGAAGUACGCCGAGCUGAUCGACCUGGCGGAGAACGCCAUCGAGGUGAUCGAGCGGCAGGCGUUCACGGACCUGUACCAGGCGGUGGUGAACGUGUCGCACAACCGGCUGGCGGCCAUCGAGGCGGGCGCCUUCCAGAACUGCAACAACCUGACGGCGCUCGACCUCAGCCACAACCGGCUGGCCGAGGUGGCGCGCCACGCCUUCGACGCCACCUCCUACGCCUCGCUGCUCGACCUCUCGCACAACCUCUUCCGGGACUUCAGCCAGAUCCCGAUCCAGAACAUGUCCGGCAUCCGCGUGCUGAACGCGAGCUACAACCUGAUCGAGGAGGUGCCGAAGCUGGCCUUUCCCAAGCUGUACGAGCUGCACACGGUGGACCUCUCGCACAACAACAUCUCCGAGAUCGGGAACGCGGUCUUCCAGAACCUCUUCUCCCUCAGGUUCCUGAACCUGAGCGACAACUCGCUGGAGCGGCUGCGGCCGGGCGCCUUCGGGUCGGUGCCGACGCUGCUGCAGCUGCGGCUGGAGCGCAACCGGCUGCGCGACGUGGCCAGGCCGGCGCUGGCCAAGCUGGCCAGCUGCCGCGAGAUCGACGUCUCGCACAACCGUCUCGACAGGAUCUUCCAGAUCCCCAUCAGCCUCAGCGAGCUGCGCAUGGCGCACAACGAGGUGGCGGAGGUGGGCGGCGCCACGUGGCCCGGCAUGAACGCGCUGCUGCGGCUGGACCUGGCCCACAACCGGCUGGGCGACUCGCUGCGCGGCGACGCCUUCUCCGCGCUGCUCACUCUGCAGCACCUGCGCCUGGACGCCAACGGGCUCACGGCGCCGCCCUGGGAGGCGCUCAACGCCCUCUCCAGCCUGCAGUACCUCUACCUGCAGCACAACAACAUCACGUCGCUGUCGCGGUCGGCGUUCGGCAACCUGCCCACGACCUUCAUGAUCGACCUGUCGCACAACCAGCUGAGCAGCGUGGCCCCUCACAGCUUCCGCGGGCUGCAGCAGCUCCUGGACCUCUCGCUCAGCGCCAACCGCCUCGACCACAUCCCCAACGAGGCCUUCAAGGGGCUGGUCGCGCUCAGGAAGCUGGACCUCUCACACAACAACCUGGAGAAGAUCGACAACAAAACCCAUGGCUUGCUGGAUGAUUGUCUGUCGCUGGAGAUGGUGAAUCUUAGCUACAACAAGUUCGGGUUCCUGAGCAAGAAGAUGUUCCCCUCCAGCCCCUGGGUGCCGUACCGCCUGCGGACGGUGGACCUCAGCCACAACGGCAUCCCGGUGGUCACCUUCGACAUCACGCUCGGCACCAACACCGUCAGGGCGCUCAACUUGUCGCACAACAUCAUCAACGACAUCAGGAACAACGUGCUCGGCAACUUAACUUCCCUGGAAGAAAUAGAUCUCUCCAAUAACCAGCUGAAGGAUUUGAUCUCGCGCACAUCCGACACGAAGUUCAAUCUGCCGGAGAACAUGAGGCGCAUGUUCCUGCAGAACAACUCCCUGGAGGCGCUGCCCGUCGAGAGCCUGGAGAAGGCGGAGCGGCUGCGGCUGCUGGACCUGAGGGGCAACCGGCUCUCCGGCUUCGCGCCGCGGCUGGUGCGGAAGCUCAGGGAGCGGGGCCUGCGCGUCCGCUUCGACGACAACGAACUGCAGUGCGACUGCCUGGCGAGGCCGCUGAAGCACCACCUCGAGCGGCUGCGCCGGUCGGAGGCCCAGCAGUGGGCGGGGCUGCGCUGCGCCGCGCCGCCGCCGCUCAGUGGGCAGGCGCUGCUGCAGCUGGACGAGGAGCGGCUGCAGUGCGUGGGCGUGGGCGUGGGCGCAGACAGGGACCUCAGCACGGAAGGGGGGGACGCCGUGUACAGCCUGGCUGCACAGCCGGAUCUCGUCUUCAGGGACGUGCAGUACACGCAGGCGUCGAUCGAGGCGCACUGGCUGGUGGCGAGCGGCGAGGACGUGGCCGACACGCUGGUGGUGGUGCGCGACCGCGACAACUCGGUGCUGUUCAGCGCCGAGCUGGCCUACCAGCUGCGCUCGGCCAGCGUGCCGGUGGAGGGCGCGCUGCUGGCCCGGCUGCGGGCGGGCGCGCGGCCCGAGCUGUGCCUGCAGCCGCGCAGCUCGGGCGGGGCGGCGCGCCGCUGGCACCCGGCCCAGUGCCGGCCCGCCCCGGCCGACUUCGGCGCCUGGCCGCGGCGGCCCUCGGCCGACAAGAGGCGCCUCCGCUCCGGCAGCGCCCUGGGCCUCGUCGGCGACUCCAUCCUCAUCACGCUCUGCAUCUUCCUCGGCGUCUGCUUCCGCCGGCUGGCCGACCUCGACGUC